AUAUCGCUUUUGCACCCUUCUACUCGCCACGCACACACACUCCCUCGUUAACGAUCUGCACAACCGACCCAUACUCGUUAGCCAACCUCCAAGAUGCUCUUCUCCACCAAAACUGUGCUGAGCACCUUGGCCGUCGCUGGUAACGUCGCCGCCAGCAACCUCCACCACGGCCACGCUCAAUUCCACGCCAAGCGCGACAUUGAGAAACGUGAGGACUACUCCAACGUAGACUGGAAGGUUGCCCUCAAGGAUGUCGACUGGAACACCGUCAAGUACGAUGGCUCUGCCCCCGCUGCCACCCAGGCUCCCUCCUCCCAGCCCGAGGCACAGGUUGCCUCCAACCCCAAGCCCACUUCCAGCGCUGCUCCCGUUUACGCUCCCGCUCCCGCAAAGUCUUCUUCCAAGGCCCCUGCUGCUUCCUCCUCUUCCGCUCCUUCCAAGCCCGACACCCCAUCUGUCGGUGAUGUGGUCGGUGAUGUUAUCGGCGACUUCACCGAUGCCAUCUCCACAGCAGUUUCCGCCUUCUCUAAGCUUGAGGUCAUAGGCAACACUGGCCUCAACGCAAAGACCCAGGGCGAGAACAUCUGGAUUGGCAGCGAUGGCAAGUACAAGAUGACCUUUACCAAUGACGACAGCAAGGACAUGGCCGUCGUCUGCUGGGAGGGCGAGGGCCUGUGGGUCACCAAAAAAACCCCCCAAAUUUUCGUCGCCCUCAAAGGCGGCAAGUCUGUCACCCUCUCCAUCCCCUAUGGUAUGUCCGGAGGCUGCGCUGCCGGCACUUCGACCUCCAACAACUGGUAUGGUCUCAUCAACGAGUCCAUCCUCGAAUUCACCGCCAAGGAUGGUGCCAUGGGCUGCUUCGACGUCUCCCGUGAAAUCAACCAGCAGGGCAUCGUCAUGACCGCCAAGGGCUCCCAGUGCACGUCUGGUCUCGUCGGUGGCCAGCUCUCUUGCGUUUUCCUCUGCGUCGACAAAACAACACAGAGGUGCGAGGCGGCCAAGUCCUACGGUAUCUCUUUGGGUGCUGCCACCGAAGGUUCCUGCAUGAUGGGCAACGACCCCCAUGACGACGGUGCGUCCGGUGGCUGCCAGUUCGGCACCGACGGCGAGCACAUACAGGUCACCGUCUCCAGCUCCCGCAACUGGCCCCCGUACCAGGGCGAGCUCCACACUUAAGCGCAUCUUGCCAAU